AUGACGAUACAGUUAUGAGAAAAGGAGAAAUUCACUGAAAUGUACUCACCUCUUCUGCUUUUCCCCGGGAUGCAGAAGUGGGUUCAGGGGGCCAUGGCCCUCCAGUCAGGCCUUCAGGGCCUUGAGGCUGAGGCGGCUGAAAACCUGGUCCUGCUAGGCACGGGCAGCCUCGCCCUGUAUGAUCCACCCACCUGCUGGCCUGACCUAGCCGCUCAGUUUCUCCUCUCAGAGCAGGACUUGGAAAGGAGCAGACUGGUAGCUGAGCUCAGCGGAGCUGUCCAGGUGUGCAUCCACACAGGGGAUCUGGGGAUGUCACUGAGGACCUGCUCCUGGGCUUGGCAGGACUCCAAGGUGACCCCCCAACCCCCGCUCCAUGCCAGCCCAGGCCUCACUUCAGCCCUGCUGACAUGGGGUCUGCAGGCGGUGGUGCUGACGGCCUCAGAGCUGGAGGAGCAGCUGAAGGUGGGUGCCUUAUGCCACAAGCUGGGCAUCUGCUUUCUGGUGGCUGACACCUGGGGCCUGGUGGGGCAGUUCUGUGACUCCAGUGGCCUCACUGUGCAGGACCCUGCAGAGGCAAAGCCCCUGACGCUGCCCUCCGGCACAGCCCCCAGGGGGUGCAAAGGCAUGGUGCUCACUGUUGACCAGGAGGGGCCUACUGGAGCAUGUGGGAGGCAGGCACGGGCACCCCCAGGCAAGCCCCCUCUCGUCCAGGGCUCUCCCGCCGUUCUCACUGCGAGAACAGAGGCUGAUGUCCACCGCUCCUGUGAUGGGGACUCAGUGACUUUCUUGGGCAUUGGGGGUGGGGCUCAACUGCUGUGCUCCCAGCCUGGCGGAGAGCCGGGGAAGCCCACCUCCUCCAACUCCACGCUCAGCCCCCAGCCCCACAGGGCCCUCGGCCUUGUCCUGGAGACAGCUUCUCCCUCCACCAUCCUCGAGGGGCAGCAAGGUUGGGGGCACGACGCGGGACAGGAGGGCGUGUGGGAACUAAGGUCUGGCAUCAUGCUGACUAGGCUGGUUCUCCUCCAGGGGACAGGACCGCUUUCUGUGCACUGCACCAGGCCCAGCACCGCCAUGGCCUCCCAUGGAGGCCCUGACGUGUGUGCAGAGAUGGCGGUGGGCCGGGCCCAGGCACCAGAACCCCUGAAGGGGACGGGCGAGCCAUGACCUGAGCUGCUAGAUGAGGCCCAGUGUGUGGGUGGCCUGAGCGCCGUGGCAGCCUUGCUGGGUGAGGCUGCCCAGGAAGUGCUGGAGGCAGUCUCCUGGAAGCUCAUGCAGGGCCAGUGGCUCUACUUGGGUGCCCUCCACUGUCUUCCAGAAGAUGGGGACCCCCUUCCCAAUCCUGAGGACUUCACAAUGGUGAGGAGCUGGGUCGGAGUGCAAGCCUUAGCUGAGCUCAAGACUGGGGACCGAAAUAGAGGAAAGGGUCCUGAGGCCCUGACCUGGAAAACUCAGGGCAAGGAGGAGAGGCAUCGGUGCCCCAGGUCUGUGCUCUGGGAGGGGCUGCCGCCGCGAGGGGCAGGUCAAGGUGUCUGGGCCUGGUGUUCAGAGGAAGCCGAGCCACUGGCACUGUGUCCUGGUGAGCAGGGUGGGGAAGCUGGGAGUGCCUGGGGGCCUAAGACUCUGGCUAAGGCUGUUCCUGUCUACACUUGGGCCUGGGGACCCUUGGGGGCGAUUGCUGCCAUCUUGGAUCCCGAAGAACACUCCAGUCUCAGGCGCCAGUUCCUCUUCAGGUCCCAGGACACUGUUGGGAAUGCCAGCCCCUCCCUGCAGCCCUGUGCCCCAGGCUGUCCUCCCACAAGGCCCACACGCCCACCACCCCACAUGCUGCUUUCUUCUCAGAGGCCCAAGGCAGAGCUGGCUGCAGAGGCUGCUCACCACCUGAGCUCAGACUCGGGGGCAACCUCACCCACCUAGCCGCCAGAUCCCGCCACAGAGAACAUCCUCGGACACAGCUCCUCCCGCAGGGAUGGUGUGGCAGCCGCCCUGGGCAGUGCCCAGGGCUGGCGCCAUGAGGCUGCUUGCUGCACCUGCUAUCUGAAGCCACGGCUGGAGGCAGACACGCAGGGCAGCUGGGCCAGGGCUUCAGUGUUCAUUCCGCAGGUAACUGAGGACUACAGAGCCCCCGCCUGAGGACACUGCCACCCUGUCAGCACCGGGCGGCACUUCCCCAGCACAAUCAAGCGCCCCUUGCAGUGGGCCUGGGAUGUCUUUGAGGGGCUCUUCCAUCUGGCUGAUGAGACCAUCACCCAACACCCCAAACUUCUUCCUGUCUCUGCAGGGCCCAGUCUUCUCUGGCAGCCCCUGCUCUUGGUCCAGUUGCAGGACACACCCCUCCUCUGUGUGCUGGCGGCUGCUGACCUGUAUGCCCAGAUGCACGGGCUGCCUGGCUCACCCCAGACUGUGCUCAGGGGACGGCUGAAGUUCCUGCCACUGCCUGGCCCCCACCACCUGGGGAUCCCCUUCCCAACCGUGGGUAACCUGGAGCUGGCUCGGGCCGCUGCUGAAUUUGCUAGCCCUCAUCUGGGGUUCAGAACAAAUGUCCUGUCUUUGGCAGAGCAAGGAACCAUGGGCCGGAUUAUCCCAGCCAUUGCCACCACUACAGUGGCUGUGGUAGGCCUGCUGGGCCCGGAGCUGUAUAAAGCCUUGUCAGGCAAUGGCCCCCAGUGCCUGACCCAUCUGACUGAAAACUGCUUUAGCCACCAGGUGCCUCGCGCCCCAGCCAUCCAGAAGGUGCGUUUCCAUCACCUGAGGUGGACCUGUUGGGACCCCCGGACGGUGCCUGCUGGGCGGCCGGAGAGGAGCCUGGAGUGGUUGCCCGCCCGUCUCCAGGAGCAACAUGGGCUGAGGGCAAAGAUGCCGCUUCAUGGCUGGGCCCUGCUCCGUUUGGCAGGAUGGUCACGAAAGCAGGCACGGCACCUGCGCCUCGGGUUGGAGUCCACGCCAAGCCACACUCCAUCUGCCACAGCUCAGCUACUCCGUGUCCCCCACUCCGCCAGGAUGAUGGAGCUGGCACAGCAGGUGACAGGCCAGGUGCCCGAGCCCAGGCGGGUGCUCGUGGAGCUCAGCUGGGAGGGCGAGGACACCGCUUGCCCGCCUCUGCACUAUGAGCGGCGACAGGCAGCCCCACCACCC